UAACUCAAGGUCAAACAAGAUGGCGGCCUCCAUACGAGUUGGGUCGGCAUGUGUUAGAAAUUUUCUGCGUGCAGAUGUUAGAAUGGUUAAACAGCAAAUCAGACAGAGAUGGAAGUGGAGACACAGGGGAAAGAGUCCCGAGGAAGCUAAAACUUUUGAACAACGUGUUGCAGAAAUGACCAAAGAUACAUCUAAGGCUGUAAACAUUGGAUUUAAGUUGCCAAAGCAAACAGAUUUGGGGCUUGUUGAAAAGGAAUCUGAGGAUACUGAAACUACAGUAUUGGAUUCUAAAGAUGAUGAGUCAGCGCUGAGAUUCAUCAAUGACCUUUGGUAUUGCAUGGGCUGGAGCAGAGACAUGCUGUCUGUUGCACAGCAUUAUGGCCUGUAUCGGGACCUCUUCAGUGGUGCCUUCUUCUACCCACAAUUCCCUCUCAAUGUCUUUUUCGACUACGACAGUGAAAGUGUGACAGCUGUUUACAAUGGAAAUAUACUUUCUCCAUCAGAGGUGGAAGGAAACCCUCAGGUGGAGUACGACUUUGUCCCUGACACCCUGUACACACUAGCCCUCACUGCCCCCGACAGUCAUCUCCAGAAAAACUCCGCUGAAUACCUACACUGGCUUGUAGGCAACAUACCUGGUGAUGAUAUUAGUAAAGGGGAAGAACUCUGUUCAUACAUCCCACCUUUCCCGGUCCGAGGUACAGGUUUCCACAGAUACGUGUUUGUCUUGUAUAAACAGGAGAAGAAAAUAGAUUUUCAUCAGGACAAAAGGCCAGAUAAUUGUCUGUCACUAAAACAGCGCACUUUCAAAACAGCAGAGUUCUAUAGACGUCUGGAAGAUGAUAUCACGCCAGUGUCCUUGGCUUUCUUCCAGAGUGAGUGGGACGAGUCUGUGACCAAAACAUUCUGGCACAAAUUAGAUAUGAAGGAACCAUCAUUUGAAUUCAUGCAUCCACCACCCUAUCAUCCAAAACAAGAAAAGUUCCCCCAAGGAAAACCCUUCAACCUGUACCUCGACAGAUACCGUGAUGUGAAGGAUAUCAAUGAGGAAAUAUUAAAGGAGAAGUUAAAGACAUCAUCUCUGUCUCCACCACCCCAGAAACCAAAAUACCCCAACAUUCACGUGGAACCGUAUGCUCCAAGCUGGCUAAGACUUAAAAACAGACACAAGCGACUCCGUGAAAUGCAUUGGGAAGACCUUGACUAAAAUUAAUAUUUUUAUAGAUCAAUGACAUUUCAAGCAACAUGUUUACAGUCCGACAGAAUUUGAGAUUAUAGAUUGAAGAUCAAAACACCUUUCAGUGGUGCUGUCUCUGAACAUGGUCUACCGCAGUAAUUGUUUGAAGAAUAUUCGUCUUUGAAAAGAAAAUUGACAAAACGAUGAUAAAUUGAGUCCAGUGCUUUGAUUGAAAAACAAAGUUAAGACAGAGUUAGUAAUGUAUGCUGUGUAACGAAUGUGUGUGAUGAAUGUAAAAAUUGUGAACGAUGUGCAUGCAUGGAUCUGUAUGUAAAUAAACAUAUGUAAUAUUA